AUGUCCAUCUACCGAAACACUCAGGAUCUGUUUCUCAAUGGAAGCGAAUCACGGACCGGGGUCUUUGAUCUUCCUGAAGAUGACGCUGAAAUAUUGGAAAAGUUUCUCUCAUACUUGUGUAGGGACAACUACGACGAUGAGGCAUAUCCGACAUCGGAGGAACCAAGUGCCGCUACUCUGAUGUCACUAGAAGACAUCAUGGACUUGCCCGUGCAAGGCGAGGAGGAAGCAGCGGACAAGCAUAACGAUUCCUAUGUCCUUCGAUUGACGGGGACGGAUACUCAGACGCCGGCUCCUAUUUCGAAGAAGAAACUUAUUCUGAACAUACAGGAAAUAUAA